AUGCUGGAGUCGCCGUUGAGGUCCCACCUGCGGGUUCUGUGGGCUGGUUUGGUGUCUGAGGGACAGGAGAGGGAGGAGGGAGGAGCACGGCUCAGAGGAGAUCCGCAGAAGAGCGGCUGUUUGCCUGUCAGUGAAGUGAGGAGGAGAGAGAGCUUUCUGCUACACCUGUCAGACGCAUGAACAAAGUACAUCUGUUCAUCCCCUCCUCCUCCGUCAGAUGUCAGCCGCUAAAAACACACCACGCUUAUUUCUGCCUGCCUCUGUCUCUUUGGUUUUCACACACAGAUGAGCAUACACACCCAAACACUUCCCCCCCAUAUACACCCACAGACAGAAAAGGAGUGGUGCCAAAUAUGCUCAGGAAGACUCUCACACUCCCUCUUUAUGGUCCUGAAUCCUUUUCUUUACCCCUUGUGUACUGCUCAAAAUUUACACCCUUUCGUCCUAUUCAUGCACGUUUUUAGACACUAACUUUAGCCGCUGUAAAAACACAUCAGAUAAAUAUAUAUAUAUAUAUAUAUAUAUAUAUAUAUAUAUAUAUAUAUAAUUUUAUAUUGUUUUGGAUUUUAACCCUUUAAAUGCUGAUUUCAGAGGUGAUGUUACUGAUUUGGUGAGAAAAAAUACACAAAAAAAUGAUUUUAAAUAUAAAAAAUGAUCAGAGGCUGGAGAUUUUUUACCUGCUAUCACACCUUUGGAUAUGUCAAAUAUAAGUAACAUCAUUGGCUUUGAUGCAGUAUUGUUUUGGAUGUUUUUAGCCUUUACCUUUGCUUCUGGAAAAAACAUGUCAAGUCAAUGUUGUUACUAAUGUUUGACAUAUACAAGGUUGUAGUAGCAUGUAAAAAAUCUCCAUCCGCUUAUCAGUUUUUAUUAUAAAAAUCUGUCAUUUUGUGUGAUUUUUUUGCUCGAAUCAGUGACACCACCUCUGAUAUUGGCAUUUAGAGGGUUAAAAUACAUACGUUUUGACCAGGACUGAGCUUUAUCUAUCAAUCAAUCAGACUUUAUUUUUAAAGCACUUUUCACACAGAGAAUGUAGGAUAUUACAAAAACAAUGAAGUAAAAUUAAAUAAAAAUACAAAUACCAAACCCCACCCACCUUCCCAAUCCCCAUUCAAAACAUACAGUAUUCACAUGCUCAAACACACACAGAUGAACACAGAAAAGAUAAUUAAGUUAAAAAAAAAUUGAAAAAAACUUUUAUCUAAAAGUGGCUAAAAACGUCCAUGAACAAGACCAAAGGGUAGUAAAUUUGUACACAGUGCAUUUUUGACCUUGUACAAAUUUUGAAAAACAAAUUAAAAUUUUUUGUAAAAUUAAAUUUCCAUCUCUCCAUUUUCUACCGCUUAUUCCCAUUCCCGGGGUCACACGGGGGCUGGAGCCUAUCCCAGCAUCCUCGGACGAAGGCAGGAGACACCCUGGACAAGUCGCCAGUUCAUCGCAGGGCUGACAUAUAGAGACAAACAACCAUCCACGCUCACAUUCACACUUACGGGUGAUUUGAAAGUGGCCAAUUAACCUAACCCCACUUCUGCAUGUUUCUGGGAUGUGGGAGGAAACCGGAGUAAACCCACGCAGACACAGGGAGAACAUGCAAACUCCACAAAGAAACACCCUGACCCAGAUUCAAAAGUUUAGGUCAAAAAUGUUUUUUUUUUUCCCUUUACUAGACAACAAAAAAAAGCCACAACUGGACACAAGGGUUAAAAAUCUAAAAGACACAAAGUGGAAUUUGCAUCCUGAAUUUUCCUGUAUUUUGUGUAACAUGUUUGUCGAUUGUUUUGGCUUGUUACUUCGUACUUAAAUCAGAAGAUGGCCCAGUUAUAUAGAGCUUUAUUCUCAUGAGUUGCUGCUUGUAUAUUGGAGAAAGGAGAGCAGUUUUGUUUAGAAAAACCACAAACCAGCUUUGGGGGCUCAUGUUGCUGGUUUUACAACAAGUUUAAAGACUCUGAAGGACUUUGUUGGACCUUGUGUUUCGGUUUGAAAAUAUUGAAAUAAGGACGAUAAGAAUAAUCAAACAGUUCAGUGUAAAAUAUUCAUGUCUGUUGCAUUUUAUAGCACCAUCACCGAGAGAGUGUAUCAUGGGGGAAACAAAAGGAUCUCAGCUUUAAUUUAGCUUUUCUCUCGGCUCUCAAAUGUGCUGAUAAACGUGUGAAACCACCUCUAAAAAUGCCGUUUCAUACCUUUUUUGUGAAAGUUUCCUCUGCCGCCUUGAGUUUCGUGUUAAUUUGCCUCACACUGCUUUAAAACACACGAGUGUACUUUAGUGUACUGGAGUUAAAAAGCAUCUGAAACACAUCAAGGUGCCAGUUGCAUGGUGUUGAUUUGUUUCCAAGGGUUUAAUUCGCCAUAAAUUAUAACUGGGGGUGUUGUUAUCUCCCAACUUGACUUUAAUUAUUGCUGUUAAGUCAUAAAUGUUUAAUACUUUGGUAAAAGAUUUAAAGCCCCAUUUUGAAAGGCUGUAAAACAGGUCAUUUAUUUUUCAUUUUGAGGAGAUGACACUUGAUGGUAUUAACUUGGAAGUUUCCUCCUCUUUCUGUCAGAAUGAUUCUGAUGCAGAAGAAGAAGAAGAAGAAGAGGACCUCACAGAUGAAUCUUACGGAGAUACUUCUUCUUACACAUAUUGUGAAAGUGCAAACUUAUCCGUGUUUGUUUCCAGUGCAGGAAAAGUUGUUGCAUCAUUUGAAUUUCAUCGCUCGUUUUUGUUGUUGUUUGGAGACACUGGAGCUGCAAAACUUCGUCCUGGUUGCAUUUCAGAAAUUUUGAUGUCAGAUUUCGUCAUCCUUCUCCUCUUUUUUUCUGCUCUCUGGAAAAGGUCGUUUUACCUUCACCAUUUGGUCCACACUUUUAAGAGGUUUUCUAGUGGCGGCUGCUGUCACGGACUUGUGGUCACUGAGUGCGUCUUAUUCUCACACGGCCAUGAAGCUCUCACUGUGAUGGUCCUGUUUUCUGAGCAGCUGCUAUAUAAGUUCCCUUGAGCCCCACUGAAUCCCAUCUGGGUUUGUUUUUUUUUCCAAAGGCAGGCGGUGGGUAACUAUAGUACUAUAGGGAGCGUAAAAAUGUAAAUAAGGGUGUAGCCGUAAAAGUGCUGAAUAAGAGUGUGCACGCUCAGCAAAACCCACACGAAUGAAGAAAGCAUGCUCCCACUCUGUCCUCGAUCUGCUGCGUGUGUUUUCUUUAAUAUCUACUCAUUAGAUGUUUGCAUUCUGGUGCACGGUCUUUUACUUUGAAGGGCAUUUCGAGCAGAGUGUCUGACUUAAAAUUGCCAAUUACAAGCCGUUGCUGGUAGAAGUGGCAUGAAAAAAAAAGGACCUUCUUACAUUUGCAACCCAGAACAAUCAAUCUCAGUAAUUUAAGCAUAGCAGAGAAGUUGUAAAAAGGCAAGGACAAAAAGAAAGAAAGUGUUUUUCAAACGCUUCUAUAACAAGGCAGGGACAUUACUGGAGCAGGGCAGUAAGAGAGCGAGGGUCUGCGAUUCAGGAGAGAAAGGGAUGAGCGUGAAGAGCUUGUUAAUGAGGGGAAGUCUCAGCUGUAGACAAGGAGACUCUGCUGUCCUGAAGCGGGUGAGCGGGUCAGCAGACCGGCGGGAGUUCAGCUCAGGUUCUUCAGGAGCAGUGGGAGUGUUGCUGCAGGGAAGAGUGUUGGAGUAGCCUGAAGGAGAGUGAUACCAGCUCCAGGCUUGUGCAUUUUAUUCUUAUUGAUAUUCAGUAUUUCUUAUCAUGCCGCAAAAUCCGUUAAGCAGGUGCUGUUUCCAUUCAUCCUGUACCUCUCAAUGUACCAGAGAAAGAUGAUUUCAAAAUAAAAGCAGAGGUUAACAAUGCUGCAUAUGAAGCAACCUAAAUAUAAGACGAAAAUAUCAAAAUAAAAGUUUAUGAAAAAUAUGUUUUAUGGAGCAGUGAAUCAUGAUUAAGUGGAUAUGUCCUGAAACAGACUGAGCUUUUAAAGAAGUUUAAAGAGAUAUUCCGGCGUAAAAUUAAUAUAAAGUCAAACACACCAUAACACUGAGUUAGACACCACCUUUGAGAGAUGAAUGUGCCGACCGCUUGCUUCUCUAGUUGUACCAACUUUAGUAAAGACCGCAGGAUAGCAAUACACAGCGGUCUAUGGAACCACACACAAACCUCAACCAAAACACCACUCUAUAGCCACAAAUAAUGCUCAGAACAGCACCUAACUUCAUCAACAGUACAUAUAGGGUCCUAGCUACUGUACUAGCCACCAAACAUCUUUUUAACUUUGACUAAUUUCUUUAGCAAAGAGACUAAACACAACUCACCUACUCUCUUCCAGCAGCCACUCGUUUGUAGCGAGACCUCGGGCCAGUCCAGUACGGACUACAGCGGGGUGACGCAGCUCAAGGAAGAACAUUUAUGAUCAUUUUUUCAUCUGUUUCCACAAUAACGUCCCAGCACAAUAAAAGCUAAAAAUAUCUCUAAGACAGACAGAAGACAUUCUACCAACAUUCACAAAAAGAGGUGAGACCAGCGCAGGUUAACUGUCCUCAAAAUUUCAGCAUAAAGUGAUAUCCAGGUCAUCUAGUGAAAAUUCCUGUAUUUUUUAAUAUCGUAAUAUACACUCACCGGCCACUUUAUUAGGUACACCAUGCUAGUAACGGGUUGGACCCCCUUUUGCCUUCAGAACUGCCUCAAUUCUUCGUGGCAUAGAUUCAACAAGGUGCUGGAAGCAUUCCUCAGAGAGCUUGGUCCAUAUUGACAUGAUGGCAUCACACAGUUGCCGCAGAUUUGUCGGCUGCACAUCCAUGAUGCGAAUCUCCCGUUCCACCACAUCCCAAAGAUGCUCUAUUGGAUUGAGAUCUGGUGACUGUGGAGGCCAUUUGAGUACAGUGAACUCAUUGUCAUGUUCAAGAAACCAGUCUGAGAUGAUUCCAGCUUUAUGACAUGGCGCAUUAUCCUGCUGAAAGUAGCCAUCAGAAGUUGGGUACAUUGUGGUCAUAAAGGGAUGGACAUGGUCAGCAACAAUACUCAGGUAGGCUGUGGCGUUGCAACGAUGCUCAAUUGGUACCAAGGGGCCCAAAGAGUGCCAAGAAAAUAUUCCCCACACCAUGACACCACCACCACCAGCCUGAACCGUUGAUACAAGGCAGGAUGGAUCCAUGCUUUCAUGUUGUUGACGCCAAAUUCUGACCCUACCAUCCGAAUGUCGCAGCAGAAAUCGAGACUCAUCAGACCAGGCAACGUUUUUUCAAUCUUCUAUUGUCCAAUUUCGAUGAGCUUGUGCAAAUUGUAGCCUCAGUUUCCUGUUCUUAGCUGAAAGGAGUGGCACCCGGCGUGGUCUUCUGCUGCUGUAGCCCAUCUACCUCAAAGUUCGACGUACUGUGCGUUCAGAGAUGCUCUUCUGCCUACCUUGGUUGUAACGGGUGGUUAUUUGAGUCACUGUUGCCUUUCUAUCAGCUCGAACCAGUCUGGCCAUUCUCCUCUGACCUCUGGCAUCAACAAGGCAUUUCCGCCCACAGAACUGCCGCUCACUGGAUAUUUUUUCUUUUUCGGACCAUUCUCUGUAAACCCUAGAGAUGGUUGUGCGUGAAAAUCCCAGUAGAUCAGCAGUUUCUGAAAUACUCAGACCAGCCCUUCUGGCACCAACAACCAUGCCACGUUCAAAGUCACUCAAAUCACCUUUCUUCCCCAUACUGAUGCUCGGUUUGAACUGCAGGAGACUGUCUUGAGCAUGUCUACAUGCCUAAAUGCACUACGUUGCCGCCAUGUGAUUGGCUGAUUAGAAAUUAAGUGUUAACGAGCAGUUGGACAGGUAUACCUAAUAAAGUGGCCGGUGAGUGUAUAUCGCAAUGUCAGAGACUUUGGUCUUUUGUCUGGUACACAUUUCGUUUGUAUAUGAUGUAUUGAUUCUAAGAAAUAUAUAAGAGUGUAAAAAGUGUGACAACAAGCCCUGGUCUCCCCUAUAAUACUUUGCUUGGAAGCCAUGUGUCAUGUUGAACGCUGUAACUGGUUGUUAACUUUGGACUAAAACGGACUUGGUAUGUUAAGGAGAGGCCGGUGAAUAACAGUAGGGAAGGUUCAGAAAUUCAUGAGGCUGUUAAAGGAAUAUUUCUGGUUUGGGAGUCACACCAAGAGAUUUAAAUCCAAAUGGGCUCCUCUCUUCCCGAGCCGACCGUUCGCCAAAUUUUAUUGAAAAUCUGGCCACAUAUUUACGACCCUCUUGGCAGGGUUAUUGAGUCUUUAUGAUUGAAUCAAUUUUAAAUUCACCGAUUAAAAAACCAUCAAAAUUCAUGAGGGGAAACUGAAUAAAACAUGUCCUAGAAAAAGUUAAAGUUUUACUCUUAACAUACUUUCCUGGGAGAAUUCUGCAGCGCUGAGAAAAUGUCGAUUUUUUUUUUUUUUUUUUUGUUUACCAGCAGCAGAAACAUUGUUUUUGAGAAAUGAAUGAAAUGAGCAUGAGCAGCUCUAUCCACAGAAACCCAGCUUUCAACCACAAUGAAAAAAAAAAUAGAGAUAUUUCACAAUAUUGCACACAAGGUUUGACUGACAGGCGAUACCUGGGAAGUGACUGCUCGGCUGCUUUGGAGCCAGGAUGUCACCGAAAUAAAAUUUAAAAAUAGAAGUUUCAAGGAUUCGAGUCAAAGAACUGGAAUUAUGUUCAGCGUGUGUGUUGGUGGCAUAAUUUCAUGGAAGCGCCUGAUGAAGUCUGACACCUCGACAAUGAGGACAGCUCUUGUGUGGAUGUUUUCCUCGAUGAGUGAGAUUUGAAGUCUGUCUUUGUGUCUGGUGUUUAGGACUCUAAAGACGCCGCGGAUAAGAGAGAGAGGGAAGUUUUCAACCUGCAGACAAGCCGAGAGGAGAUGAUGAUGACAGCAGGGCUCACCUCACCCCAGGGAGCCGAGGGGCCCAGAGGUGUUGUGAGGAAAUGGAUUUCAGGAGCGCCGCUGUGCACCGAGAUGACUAAAAUGGAGGAAAAUGGAGGCAUACAGGUAGAUAUUAGAGGCAAACUGGGAGGGGCGGCUGGGAGUCUGAGAGGAGGGGUCAGAGCGGGACGGGGGGAAAUUUUCAGAUCAAUACUUGAUGUUAAGAAAAAAAGAGAGGAUAACACCAUUUAAAGCAUCAAAUAUUGAUUUGUGCUUUUGUUAUGAAUUCAAGUCCAAUAAGAAAAGAGGAAAAAAGACUUAAACAUGCUGGUGUAAAGAGGAUCUUAUUGGAACUUAUAGAUUUAUAAUAAAGAGUAUGAGGAGUGAAACAAUAAGACAGACAGGGCUUUUACAUUUCUAUGUCUCAUUAAUGACUUCUCGCUCCGACAGUGACAUUAUCUCACUUCUCAGAGAUUGAUUCUGUAUCACAAAGACAGAUAAAACAGAAAACAAAAGUAUAUGAAGGUAAAGAUUUAUGCUCAGAGCAAGGUUGAGAUGAUAAAGAGGUAAGUAUCUUUGGUGAAGAGCCAGAGAGGAUAAAAGCAGUUUUUCUUUGUCAAAGCAAGUGGAUAAAUGAACUCCAUUAUAACGGAUUUGAACUCUUUAAAUAUCAAAUGUUGACUCACUAAACCACUGUUAGAUUUCUGCUUAUUAAGCUGGCGUUGAAAAUAAGGCUUUUUUAUGUGACUUCAUCAUCAGUGUGUGUUAAAAGAGUUUAAAGUAAAGAGUAUUAAGCUCAUACAGGGCUGUAUCUAGUUAAAUCUGGAUUUUUUGGUUCUUAAAAUCAACACUGUCUUAUUUCAGAUAAAGAUAAGUUUGGUUGUGACAGAUGUUGGAAAUAUUACAAACUGAAAAGUAUGACCACAUCAUAACUAACUAUACAAAAUCAAAUGACAGAUAAUCAGGUAAUAUACAGCACCUUAAAAAGAGAAAGCUAGGUCAUGUAUAACAUGCUGAUCUUGAAAACGCAUUAGUAAGGUAUUAUUAUGAAUUUCAGUCUAUUUCAUAAAUGUAAUCAAAAGUCCUUACAGGAGCUUUAAGCUCGGUAUCGAUCAUCUUGUCUGAGUCUUACCCUUUUCACAGCAAUUUCAGGCAUCAGAAUUUACAACCAAGAAUUUCCUGCCUCAUUAUUGAUGGUCUCAUAACAUCUGAAGGUUACAAAGAGACAUUAGUAGAAGUUUCAACCAGUUUCUCAACCAGUGGGAAAUGAAUUCAGGAGCAAACGCAAAAGUUUUUUGUCAUAGCGGCGUGUCAUUCACACGGAAACGGCAUUUCUUGUGACUUUAAAAUGCAGGGCUUGAAGACCUCCAGCACGGUGCCGGGAAUCUGGCUCGUUUUUUUUUUUUUUUUCUAAAUCAUGUCAAAAAAAAAAAAAAAAUCCUAGUUAGUUAGAUCUGAAUAUGACGCAUCAGCGAGUGGCGAACGGCAGAUUUCAAACGAUGGAUGCCGGGUACGUCAAUCCAGGAGAAGAAACAGCGAUAUUGGAAGCUGGGCUUGGGUAGAAAAGACUGAAAAGAUGGAAAGCCUCAUGGUAGCUGGCGCCGAAAACUGAAAGACCCAGGUGCUUGUUUUUGUGUGUCGUGUGCCGGAAAGCUUAUUUAUGGCAGCAGUGAGAAAAAGUUCGGUAAAGUUGGAAAGAUAUUCACAGAUUCAUAGACGAAACGUUGUCUAAACACAAAUUGUGCCUCUUUCAUGUCGUAGUAGAACAGACAACUAGCUAUAAGAAUCAAAAACUGAUUUGUUUUACAAAGAGAAGCCGUUCUUUGAGCUGGAUAGAUAAUACUGAUCUCUAUGAACAGCCGGUAGCCGGGCGAGUGCGCAGGGAUCGUCUGCAAAUUACGAUACAAGAGCAAGACGCUGCAAACAAAAAUCAAUAGCUCCACUGUAACACAGUAGAGACCUCAAAAUCACCGAACACACCAAGGGACUCUUCAUACUACAACAGCUGUUUUAGGAAAAUGUGUCUUUUUAUAGUUUUUAGAGUUUUUAUUAUUUUGAACCAUUAAUAUCUUCCAAUAUUAAUCAAUAUUUUUCCGCCCUGAAAAUGGCUCCCAGAGUGCAUAUAUCCCUAAACAACUAUUGUUCAUCUUCGCGUGGAUGUCUCUCUGUUUCUUUCUUGAAACGAUUACGUCACACACAACGUAACUCUCUUAAAGCGCCUGUGCAUAUCUGGCGAAAAUAACCGUUUUACGCCUGCUUUGUACUCUUCCUCUGUCUUUUGGUUCAUUUCCAUGGCAGCGUCACAGCGCCACUUACUGGCUUGGCAUAUGCACUACAUCGUUUUGAGUAGUUUCAUGUUUGAUACGUCAUUCUUCGUCUACAAGUGGACAAGACCAAAAACCCUUUGAGUGAAAAGAGUCAAUCCCAGACUGAGGUGGCAGCGUACAAACCCGGGGUAUAAAAAUAAGGGAUAAAAGGUAUUAGCUUAUAGAUAGUUUUCUCUUUAACAGGUUUAUCAGAUUUAACUUAGAAAUUUACAACAAUAAUCUGAGUAUUGUUUAAAAUAACUGCGUUUUUAUAAACAGUUUCCCUUCACUAUCAUGGCUGAAUAAGAGAUAUUAAUGCAUUUCGAUUUACGCCCCCAUGAUGUUCUUCAGCAGCCUGUUGGUAUCGAUCAGCUCUCCAAUUAAAAUGUAAGACACCACAGGAUAUCUAACACUGAAUUUAUUGACUGUGCAGCAAAGAUGAUUCAUUAUGAAAGUGUGUGAAAGUUUGAGUGAGCGUGGAACAGUGAGGAGGAGGGAGGAUCCGCUGAUUUCCCUCUGCAGGUCGAGGUCCUGUCUCUGUGUGGCGUUUCUAUCUGCACACAGACAGCUGUUGUCGCCCAUACAGCGCACAACUCACGAAUACACACACUCUCUCACACACUGUAUUUCCACAAUUGUGUUCUCAGAAGGCAAUACGAGUAAUGAACUGUGAGAAAACCCAUCUGUGUUACAUUUUCAAUUUGGCACAUCUCUCAGAUGCUAUUAAUGAUCUCGCCGACACAUUUGUAUGCAACGUGAUUUUCAGAGCAUCUUUUCACGCCGCGCAACAUAUUGAUAUGUGAAGCCUCCAGAUUGGAUUUGGAAUAAAAGUUGAAGGUGGUGUAAUAUCUCCGCGAACAGACGCACACUUAGAAGUCAUUUUCUAUCACAAUGAAUUAUCUGGAAAAAACAUUUAAAAAGUUUGCAGCGAAAUCAAAAAUGCAUCCCAAAUAGCUAAACUCAUUAAGAGAGAAAUAGUGCCUGGGGUAUAGAAGUUGCUCUUGUUUUGUAGGAAUGAUGCAGAUUGAAUCUUUGAAAGCAGGAACGGUGGUUUGUUUUGAUCGUGAAGUUUCUGGUCGUUCAGCUUUAGCAGUGAUAAUAGUUCCUACAGACACCCAACUGUUAACGGUUAUAGAGAGUCUAAAUGAGAGCUUAGCACACUGGGAUAUAGGAUGCAAAAAAAAUAAGUCAAUUAAAAAGACUGCACGGUAAUAAAAACAUAAUUUCAAUACCACAGUCAUGGUGUUUUUUCAGCGGAAUGACGAGACUGCCAAAAAAAAUGAUCUAAAACCGAGCGCUCCACAUUGAUUUGUUUAUGUUUGAUCAACUGAGGCGUUCAAUUAAACUUGAUCUUUCACGAUGCUGGAAAAUCAAUUCUUCAAGCGAUAUUAAAAUCAAAAUCCUGUAAUCAAGAUUUUGUUUAUUUCACGCAGAGUGUAGAUACAAACAAAACUGAGUGAAAAAGUAGAAAAUGAUCAUUUAAAGUUUAUCCAAAAUGCUGCUUACUGUAACCCGCUUUGUGCAGACUUCCUUUCCAGUGAGAAAUCCAUCCGUCCGUUUUCUUCUGCUUAUCUUGGAUCAGGUCGCCGGGGCAACAGUCUCAGCCAGUCAUCCCAAACCUUCAACACUUUCCAGCUCUUUCUGUGGGAUCCCCAGGCGCUCCCUGUCCAGAUGGGAUAUAAAAGCUCUCCAGGGAGAUCUUGGCCCGCCUCAAGGUCUCUUCCCUACACCUCCACAGAGCAGGCGCCCAGAGGGCAUCCUUAUCAGACACCGAACCACCUCAGCUGACUCUUUUUGAUGUGUUGGAGCAGCAGAUCUACUUUGCUCAGCAGCUUCUGACCCUCUAACUGUCUCCACACACCAAGCAUAAGUAAAAUCAUUCGCGCGAAUGUUAAAUCAUUGCAAUAAGCGAUAGACGUGAAUGGCGUAAGCUGAAAAUGUCUCAACUUGAGUGGAUAUUCGCAUCGGGAUAACUAAUCAGCACAAAGGUUGUCGGGUGACGUAUGAAAACGGACGGUUGUUCACUUGUAUCUAAAAUGGAGGACAAACUGAUCGUGUCGGUGCCCCGAAUUAUAUGAUAUCUUUUCUUUCCAAUACCAAAACCGGAAUGAAAAGGAGCUCUCCUGGAGGCAAGUGAGUGAGGAGGUCAUCAGAUUACCUGGUAAAUUGUAAAAAACCUUUUGUCCGUCACUUGAUGGCAGGGAUUAAUGUUGAAAUUACCGUUGACGCGCAAAUGAAGUGAGUAAUUACUAUUCGUUCACGCGUCUAGAUUUGCAGGAAUUAGAGGUGGGGUAGGCAGGAUUCCGUUAAAGAGCAUCUUUUUUUGUGGUGUCUUGCUACAAUAUCGGACAGUAGAAACUGACCAGAAAGUACAGGAAAUUGUCUGAAUCCUCCUUUGGCCUCGACUGCCAACACAAGCAAGAAAACCAAGUAAAUACUGGAGACUCUGACGGAAUAAUGGGCGCUUAAAAAGGAGGUAGACCGGACAAGAGCUAAAAAGCCGGGUCAACAUCAGCAUAAAUGAUGGGAAAGGCUUCGGGAUCCUAUGGACCCUGUAACCUUUCUGCUGGACAGGUAAACCGCUUUAACAAAGUAAGACAAGUGUAACAGAAGUCGAGCUUUGUAGCUUGCUGCAUGUUGUAGCACCGCUAAAUUGUUGACCUCUGGUCCUGGACUAUGUCACUUUAUCCUCGUUGUAGAAGUCCUGCAAACAUUGUGUUUGCUGGUAGUCUGUUGGCAUCUACAGUAGCACCAAUGAUUUUGACUUUCACGUUGACUGGGCUCCAUUUGUAAUUAUCUGAAGUAUUUAUCGGCAUUAUAUCUGAAUUUAAUUAGAACGAUACGAGCGUCUGUUUGUGGGCGGGGUUCACUGGAGCAGCAACUGGCGCUUCUUCAGGUCCUGCCUACCCCGCCUUUAAGCGAGUCGAUGAUUUCACUUGCGCUUUAAGGCUGGGCUCAGACAUCCUUUGAAGAGGCUUAUUCCACUGGCUUGUGUCUGUGAUCUUAUUCUUUCAGUUACUCCCCACGGCUCAUGGCCAUAGAUGAAAGUUGGAACAUAGAUCGACGGGUUAACUUGUGUAAAAUCUGGAUCUGAGUUGAUCAAGAGUAUAAAUCUUGUCACAAAAUCUUCUCUCUCUUAAGUGCCUCUAAGCCAGGAUGAAUGGUGGCAUUUUGUGAUUGAUUAAACUCAUCCAAGAGACUAAAUCAUAAUAACGGAAGUUCUCAUCUUCGGUUGACUUUACAAGGAGGUAUUUUGCAAACACUGCCGGCUCAGUUUUUGAAGAUGUGAACAAACCUUGUUAUCCCCCUGAGAUCUCACAAAGCUUUUGCAGAUGUGUUUGCUUUUCUUCGGAGGGCUAAUGUGAGCAUUUGACCCGCAGGAUUCAGUAAUUCCAACUACACCCGUUUAAUCCCGCCUCAUUUAAAACUUCAGCCACUUCAGACGUAGACGGCCUUGGAUCGAUCUCGUCGCAUCCUUUAAUUAAAAAAGCCAUUAAAUGAGACGGGUAUUUCAGCCAUUCUAAUCGAGCUGUAGGUCAUCUGUGGAUCCCUCCUCCCUCACUGGAUUCUCUGAAUCUCACUCCAUCAGUCCCCCAUCAAGUCCUCUCUGUUACCCUGAGCAGCUGUUUGGGAAAAUCAAAUUAUGCCUAAAGAUAAAAUUGAAAUUCAGCAGCCAUCCUCAGUGUAACUCAUGAUUUAUUGAGACUUGGGAGCAGACGUUAAUAUUGUGGUUAUGAUGGAGAUUCAUCUGACUCAAUUUAAGAUGGCCUCCCAUCCUGAUGUCUUUAUUAUCUUUCUGUCACAUUGCAGGGAGGUUAAUCUGGUGUCAGGGCCACGCUGAUUAUCAGACACUGAGGUUUGUACAGUUGGUCUUCCCUUGUUAUGCCUAACCUUUCGAAAGGUUGCACCUUUUCUUUGACAUUUCAGAAACGACCCAUUUGCUUCAGCAGGCACGACAUCCUUGAAUGACAAAAUGCCUCUCUUCGACCUGCUAAGAAAACCUUGAACAAGAGAAGCUUUUUUCCUGAUGGACGUUUUUAAAAGUUUAUCUUUUUUCUGCAAAUACUUGUGGUUAUUGACGUUUCUUUCAUAGUUUAAGAAAAUACCGGAUCCUGUUGCAGGUGGCUCCGAUUUUUUCCUCAGUUGCUUUUUAACACAUUCUUUUUUGCCUGCUGGAUAUCUGCGAGCAAGGCCACAUUUCAUGAUUUCACAAACACAGCUUUUUACAGACUCUGUCCAAUUGCACAUGUUCAGAUGCAUUCACAUCAUCCUGCAUAAAUAUACAGCUCCCCAAGAGAAAUUUAGCAUGAAUUAGCUUGGAUUUAUACUGUUUUAAUACCUGUAUCUUUCUUUAUUUAAGGUUCAUUUUCAGCUGAAGUCAUAAUGGCUUUUUACUUAAAUAUGUCUGUGCUAGCCUUCAUGUGAGGAAUAGUGUAUAGUGAGCAGGUGGUUAUGCAGAUGCUAAUGAGUACCCACCAGUUAACCAAAGUUAAGGUUAUCCAUUUGCAGCGUUUUUGUACCUUAACAACCUGAAAGUAUCAUUUUAAACCUUCACGUUGCAGGUCUGUUAUAAUAAACAACAAAAGGUUUUUAUUGAUAAAUGUCACUAUUGAAAAAAAUUGAUAAGCAGUUUAUUUUUCAAUCACAUUGUUUGAGUUGUAGCGUUAUAGUAAUAGUUCAAGUCAAGUUUUUUUAAGGCCAGUUCAUAGUUUGAAAUGAUGAAAAUGUCACAUCCUUUAACGUUGUUUCCUCAGCUCUGUUGCUGUUGCCUGGAUUGCAGGACAGGAAGUCGCUCCACUUUUCCUUGUCUGAGAUAGUUGGCGUCCAGUAGCUUCUCCGGCUGCUCUCACACCUGCGCCACAACUUGUUGUCAUUUACCAACUCAAGACUAGUGGACCAAUCAGAAUUAAGUAUUUAGCACAUCAGCUCAUUGUUCUAGAUCCAAGACUUUUAGGUAUACAAUGGAGUCAAAUGCAGAACCACGGCUUGAACCAUAACUUCAAAGCUGUACUCAGACAAACAGGUGAAUUUAUCUCUAAUCUACUUCAACAUAUGUUACUAUUCUGCAGCUUCAUCAAAGGACUGUUUAAGUGAGUAAUGUAGCAUUAGCCGCCCACAAGAAACACAAAUCUUAAGCUGAUGAUGAGCUGAAAUCAAAGCUUGACGUUAAUGCCCGAUAACAGUUAGUAAAUCAAGUAAACAUGAACUAAUUCCACUUCAUGGUUCUUCCUCUGAGUCAGAUUAAUAAAUUUUCAACCACUCAUCUGAAGAGGAUUCGAUUUCUUCUUAUUACUAUGUAUCAGGUUUUCACUGUUGUAUUUAUGAGCUCCAUAAAAAUGCUCCCAUUACUGUAGUCUUACCUUAAAUAACCAGAGCCUACCACUUUUAAAAAUUCAUGUGUUUCAGAAGAAAGUUUUACAAACUGUUUGGAAAAAUCUCAGUUCUUGCAAUCACAUACUUAAACUUGAACAAUAGUUGGAUAAAAAUAGCUUAAAGUUCAGAGGGAUUUCUGAAAAUCAAUCAUCUCUCUUUCGAACCAGUGAAAGCCACAAAGCUCGACUGAGGACUCAUUCUUAGAAAAGAGAAAUCAAAGCGACUCUUGUUCUUUCACUGGGUCACAGUGGGGGGAUUUUCCUUUUCUUUAGCUUUCUUAUACAAUACCGCAGUUAAGUCCCUGCACUGCUGCAGCCUCUGCUCCAUCACUCCACUCUGACAGUAUUGAUUGCAUGAAGUCCCUCCAUUUGGAUGAAUAGAAUAACCAUCCUCUCAGUAUCCAUUUCCUUUUCAGCUGACGGCAGAGACACAGAGGGUGACGCUGAGCCAAAGAAUCGAGGCUAAAGCAUGGAUCCGCGCUCUACUGAUCAUGUGCAUCGACUGGCAGGUGGACGGAAACCACAGACAAUCAUCCUCGUCCCUUUUCACAUCAACCUUGGUUUGGCCUGGCCAGCCACAGAAUCAAUCAACAUUGAGAUAUAGGCAGCAGUCGUGGCUGUGA